AUAUUUGAGUGAUUUAGGUAAAGGUCAAAUUGAGGUCACAGUGAGGUCUUUUUAGGAUGCGACACAUCACCCUCCCAUGUUGUACCUAUAUCCUGCAAUUUUGAAUAUAUAUUUUACAGCGAAAGACCAGUGAAUUAGUAUGUGCCAUCAUUGCUUUUCAUUAUUUCCUGUAGUGCAACCAUUGGCAUCUGCUGUGCUAGUUAUCGCCCUUGAAUAAAAUGCAUUCUGGGAUAUGUCACUUUCUAUACACAAAAUGUUGUUUUCCGUCUAGACACGAAGAUAUUUCUUCACGAUCCUGAAACUAAAGAUGGAUAAGCCAAUGAAAACUGAGCCCAAGAGCUGCCUGUUUGCUAAGCCUUCCCGGGAGUACUCCGAUGAAGAAGUCAAUCAAGAGGUCCCACAAAACUUUGGAGGGAAGUUGCCAGUGCAACGCCAGAUUCGACAGACAGAACCUCCCUGGCAGCUUCCCCGCAGUCCUCCACCAUCCCUCCCCAAUGCAAAGGCCAGUGAGGAGUUUAAUUGGCAGGCUAACAUGUCAAAUGUCAGAGAAAGAAAUGCAGUCAUGUUCAAUAAUCCCCUCAUGGCAGACAUAUUUUUCAAUGUGGGAAAUCCACAACACAGCUGCCAGAAGAUUCCUGCUCAUAAAUAUAUUCUUGGUACUGGAAGCUCUGUAUUCUUUGCAAUGUUUUAUGGUGGAUUGUCGGACAAACAGUUGGAAAUCGACAUACCAGAUGUGGAACCUGCAGCAUUUUUGAAUCUCCUCAGGUACUUAUAUUGUGAUGAAACCAAAGUUGAACCAGACAAUGUGCUUGCUACAUUGUAUGCAGCAAAGAAGUAUCUAGUGCCUCAUUUGGCCAGGGCAUGUGUUCGAUACCUGGAAACUAGUCUUAGUGCACACAAUGCCUGUGUUUUGCUAAGCCAAGGACGUCUGUUUGAAGAACAAGAGCUAAUGCAUAGGUGUUGGGAGGUGAUUGAUGCACAGGCAGAAGAGGCAUUAAAAUCAGAUGGGUUUUGUGAAAUUGACAUUAGCACCCUCAAAACUGUCCUUGGUAGAGAAACUCUUAAUGCCAAAGAACUUUCUGUGUUCAAUGCAACAUGUCGCUGGGCAGAUUCUGAAUGUAGGCGUUGUGAAAUUGAGCCUACAUCUGAAAACAAACGUAAAGUAUUAGGGGAUGCUCUGUUCUUAAUUCGUAUCCCCACCAUGAAGCUCAACGAAUAUGCAAAUGGUCCUGCCCAGUCUGGCAUCAUGACAUUACAAGAAAGCAAUGAUAUUUUCAUUUACUAUUCAGCAAGAAAACGUCCUGAACUGAACUUUCCAUUGAAACCUCGUAAAGGUCUGAAACCAUACCGAUGUCACAGGUUUCAGUCCUCUGCCUAUCGUAGCAAUCAGUGGCGUUACAGGGGCAGAUGCGACAGCAUACAGUUUGCAGUUGACCAGAGAAUUUUCAUUGCUGGGUUUGGUCUUUACGGCUCGAGUAGUGGUGCAGCAGAGUAUACAGUCAGAAUGGAACUCAAGAAAAAUGGUACCACACUUGGCCAGUGCUUCACUAAAUUCUUCUCCGAUGGUUCUAGCAACACAUUCUCUGUGAUGUUUGAUAAUCCCAUACAGAUUGAGCCAGACCAGUUCUAUAAUGCUAGUGCAGUGUUAGACGGGGGAGAGUUGAGCUACUUCGGCCAAGAAGGCCUUGCUGAGGUUCAAUGUGACAAAGUGACAUUUCAGUUUCAGUGUUCUUCAGACAGCACUAAUGGAACAGGAGUGCAAGGCGGACAGAUACCUGAAAUAAUCUUCUACUGCUGAUAGCAUCAAGACGUGAAAUCUAUGCAUUAUCUUUUUAGUGCCCCAUCGCAUUACAGCUGAUUUUACUGUGUAUUUAUCACAUUUAGUCUCCUGAUUUGCCUCAGGUCCCCUUUAAUGGCCUCUAUUACUUUUUAUAUGUUAAUUCAUAUUGUUAACAAAAUGGGCAUUUGAUUUAUGAUUAUAGUCAUGUUAUUUCGUGCUUGCAAUUUAUAAGUUAUUGUACAUGUACCUUAACAUUUAAUUCUUGAUUACAGUAAAUUUAACACUAUAUAUAUGCUUGUACGUAUUUCAUUAAAAUCAUACUUAUUUAAAGAUUGAAUUGUAUUUUUCUCCAACAUUCAUGAAGGUGUACAAGUUAUUAAGUAUUUCAUGAUGCACAAUAGGAAAUAUCAAAAUAUGUUGCAAGGCAACUGGGUUUCAUGCCAUCAUUAAUUUCACAGAUAUAAUGCAAUUCAGUCUUGACAUUCAAAACAACAAAGAAAACAUUUCUUUCUGGGUUGUGUGUAUUUUACUUUGAUACAUUUUCAUGGUUUUAACAAAUACUGAAACAGCCAUUUUGCAAGAACAAGUUCAUGUUUUUCAUGUUUUCUAUGUUUUCUAUGGUGAUCAUUUCUGUUGGCCAAGGAACAUCAACACAAAUCCAUUCAGAACUUUUGAUUGAAGUUUUAAUUUUAUGUCAUGACAUGACUGAUCCAGGACUUGCUCAUCAAAAAUAAAUGUUAGAACUUUUAUGCUUUCAUGCCAAGAUUUUGAGUUGUUAAGUUCUGUACAACAGAAAUGUAUUCAUACCCUGGUACUUGUACAUUACAAUAUGAUUCAUGAGGCAAAGGAUGAUAAUAUUAAAUGUUAGUUCGAACUGAUUAUCUCCACCCCAUCAUUUUUUUUUUAAGGGAGACAGUUAUUUCGGACCAAUGAAGUGUAUGAAUAAGAUGAAUGUUUAUAUAUGAGUGCUGUUGAUCAGCAUAGGUUUUGUGCAAUAUGGAAAACGGGUCUGAACAUUUGGUAGCAUUUUCAGAAAUUGAAAUGAUAUAAGUGGGUAUACGUAAUAAGCACUACGUACAUAUUGGUAUUAAAACUAUUACAAUAAAUAAUAUAUCAUGGUAUAAUGUUUCGGGUAAAAGUCUCAAAAAUAACUGAUACAAUUUUGAAAAAGUUUUUUGAAACAAUUUUGAUCUCGGGGAAAUUAAUGUCUAAAUUGAAAGUUCAAUCAUUUCUUAAAAAGAUCCAGUAACUUAUACUGUUAUCGUAGAUAUAACCCGGUCUGAUGACUUUUUUGACAUAAAUCUCAAGUUCUUGUGGAAACAAAACAAUUCUUGGGAAAUAUUGGAAGGUACCAACAGAACUUUAAACCACAGGCUAAUACCCCCAACUCCCUGUAAAAUGGCAAAAAUAUAGCUAAUUGCAGUUAUAUGUAUAUG